ACCCAGGCAGGAUUUGAGGGUUUGAGGCCCUGGGAUCUGGUGCUUUCAUCUUCCCUAUUGCAGAGCUGUGACCCCUUCCUCCCACAGUAUGGCCUCACAGAAGGACCCAGACAAGAGCUGGGAGGAGAAACAGCACCCAGAGAUCAAGUUGGAGCCAGCAACAUGCAGCCCCAAGAGAGAGGAGGAGGAAAAUGAUUACAAGAUGGAGGAUGAUGAUGCUGAGGAGAAUGAUGACUAUGAGGAGGAUGAGUAUGAAGAGGAGGAUAACAAUGAGGAUGAAGGUGACCAGGAUGAGGUGGAGACGGAAUGUAUGGAGGAGGAUGAAGCCAGAGCAGGUCCCUCAGUGCCACCCAUUUGGCUGAAUCAGUGCCCUGAGUAUGGGAAGAGCUUCUCACCUGGCUCAGAGAUGAUGAAGCACCACUGCCUCCACUCUGGCACCCGGUCCUUUGUCUGUGGUGACUGUGGCAAGAGGUUCAGCUGGAACUCUGAGCUCAUCCGGCACUGUGUCACCCACACUGGAGAGAAGGCUUUCACCUGUGCUGACUGCGGCCAGAGCUUCAGUAGAUAUUCCACCCUCAGUCGGCACCGCCGCACCCACACCGGUGAGAGGCCAUACAGCUGUGACGACUGUGGCAAGAGUUUCACUCACAGCUCUGCCCUCAGUCAGCACCGCAGUGUGCACAGCACUGAGAAGUCCUUCACCUGCAUGGACUGCGGAAAGAGCUUCAAAACCAGCACCACCCUUGCAAUCCACUACCGCAUUCACACUGGAGAGAAGUUGUUCCCCUGUGGUGAGUGCGGCAAGAGCUUCACCACGACCACUGAAGCCAUGCGGCACCAACUCACCCACAGUGGUGACAAACCAUACAGCUGUGCUGACUGCGGUAAGGCUUUCUCCCGGACCUCUAACCUCACCAGGCACCGUCGUGUGCACACCGGAGAGAAGCCUUUCACCUGCCCUGACUGUGGCAAUAGCUUCACCUGUAGCUCCUAUCUCACCCAGCACCGCCGUGUGCACACCGGUGAGAAACCUUUCACCUGCCCUGACUGCGGCAAGAGCUUCAACCAGAAGGGAAACCUCAACAAGCACCGCUGCUCCAACACCAGAGAUCAGCCUUCACUGGAGGGGAGGCAUAAAUAGAUCCACCUAGAAUCUGUUGGGAUAAUCGUGACCCCUCUGAGAGGGCCUUUCCAGCACCCAAAUCACCUCUUUCUCCUAUGCAUUUCUCAGAGGCUGGGGGCUCUGGCAGGAACAAACACCUCCUGCCCUUCUGAACACCAAUUAUUGCUAAUGAGAACAAUUACAGUGUUGAGUCAGCACAGCUGGAGCUUCCAGUGGAGCUGGGCUG